AUGGCUUACAUGUACACAGGGCUAAAUGACUGCUGCAGGAUCGCAUGGGGGACCGGCGCCGACUUCACCAGAGCGGAGCUGGAGUCGGCGGUCCGGGUGAUUAUUGGCGAGGAGUUCAGCCCAGAGUCCCUGGUCCUCCCGAGCGGGGUCAAGGCCCUGUGUGAGGAGCAGGCGCUCCGGUCAUUAAUCCUGGCGGCGAUGCCGACCCUAGACGAGGGCGGCCUGGUGGUCCGGCCCCAAUCUUCUGAGGCACCAAUCGGGGGGUCCGGCCCCCAGCCAGCGCCGGAGUCCUUGGUGUCGGCUCCAGCAGGGCCCCCGCCUGGGACCGCUCCGGAAGCCUCCGAACCUAGGGGUCCGGAGCAGGAGGCCACCACACCGCCACAACCCGAAGCCGCCCCCGAGGAGGAGACAGCCAGGCCCGCAGCAGCGACCGAGGCGCCUGUAGCCGCGCCGGGCGCCGAGGCCGGGCCCUCUCCAGCUGAGCUAGCAGCAGAGGGGGCCGUUGCCGCAGCGGAGGCUGCAUCGCCGAGGACAGCGGAGGCGGCUGAGACAGCGGCACCGGAGGCUGCCGAGGUUACCAGUGCCGCCGCCCCGCCAGCAGAGGAGGAGGAACUGGAGGUGGUGCUAGGAAGGCCCCUCCUCCCGAGCACAGCGGAGAUCCCCCUCCCCCGGCUCCUAGCCAGAUGCCAGCAGGCUCAGGAGGAGCUGGAGGCUGGUAUUUGUCGAGAGUGGGAGAAGCUGGAAGCGGAGCACUUCCGGCUUUUCGACUGGGAGCACCGCCUGGGGGACCGCAUCAAGUCCGCCACUGCCCGUCACGCUGAAGAGCGCGCCAAGCUCGUACUGGAGCGCGAGCUCCUGCAAGAGCAGCUGCAGGAGGCACGCGACCGGGAGGCAGCAGCGCUCCAGCAGGAGAAGUCGGCCACACGGCGGGAAGCGGUAGCCCUUGCGCGGCAGAUCACGGCGGAGGAGAAGAUGCUGGCGGCGACCGAGAAGGAGCAGGCCGCCCUGGAGCUGGCCAACCAGGCCAAGAAGGCGGCGGCAGCGGUCGAGGCGCACGAGGCCACCCUCGCAGAGGUGGCGGCAACCCGUGAAGCAGAGGUGGUGUCCCGGCUCCAAGAACUCCAUAAGCGGGAAGAAACCAUGGAGGAGGAGCUGGCAGCCGGGACACGGAGGCUCCAGGAGCGGGAAGCAGCCCUCCGGGAGAGGGAGGCCAAGGUGGAGGAGCUCCUGGCAGAGCGGAGCGCCAGCACCGACCGGAUCUCAAGAUGGGUCGGCGUGGUCCUGGACUCCACCGCCAAGCGGCUGUGGGACGUGGAGGCCAGCAUCCAGGACCUCCUGGAGAUGGAAGGGCGUGUAGUUGCUCGGGGGAUGGCGGAGUACAUCCUUACCAGCUUCCGGAGCAAUGACCCCGCCAUCCAGCUGACUCCAGUCCUGGUCGGACCUCUCCGGGCAAUGGCAGCCGCUGCGCAGGAAGGAGUCCAGGAGGCGGCUGAGAUGGUGGCAGCACGCGCCCGAUGUCGCCCGGAGCCUGCACAGAGCGGGGGUGCCUCCGGGACACCAGCUCAAUAG